AUGUCUUUAUUUAAAACUUUGCAAUCAUCGCCAGCUACAAUCACGAUCUUCCACAAUACAAAGAUUCCUUUGUCGAACAAAUUGUACGAUGUCUUGAACAAGACAUAUGAUACAUUGCCAGAGAAGCCAAAGUAUGAUUUCCAGCUCGAUGUUGAGAAGAACAAGAUGCCUGUUUUCAGUCAAUACCAGGACUUUGUAUCGAAGUUUCUCAAGUCAACCCAAGAUAGGGAAGUUUUACAUAGCCGUUUCCCGUUUGUGAAAAAAGAUGAAGUAACUUUGCUCAACAGUAAGGGAAACCAGGUAACCAUCAAGGGCGCUGAUUGGGCCAAUAAGAUCUUUUCCGAGUCCGAAUAUCAAUUGAUAUAUGAAACAUUCAACCAAUUGGAGGAGAAUGCUAAUUCCUCGAUCUCUACCCAGCCACAAGAACUAUUUGAAGCGCCAUUAGUUGUUGAUUGGGACCAAAACAAAUUGGCUGGUGAUGAAGAAUCAUUGAGAAAACUUUUGGCCAAAUACGUUGAUCAAUAA